CAAAGUCCGCUGACAAACCUUCAUGUGGAUCAGAAGAGGGGACGCAGAGCAACAUAUCGCCUCUGAUCAGCUGGUGCACGUGGACGUGCUGACUGCGCUGCACUUAAUUUUAAACUGCCUGCAGAGAAAUUAAACGGAGGUUUUGAACUUCACUGCAAACUCGUUAAUACAAGAAAUGCUGUGUUUAGGAGAUUCUACUAACUGUCUCCGGGGCCAAAUGCACUCCAUGAUGAGGUCCUUGCAGGACUUGAAGCAGAUAAGCAGACCGAGGCCACUGAGCGAGCCAUGUAUCCAGUCUUUUGCUGUCACACGGCUCUACAAACAGAGAGCUAUGCAGGAACGGCUCACCCGUCUCCGUGUUUCUGAUGCCAGUGAAGCCAGCACAUAUGACUCUGCCUGCUGCCUGGCCAGCCCGCUGGAAGAAGAGGAAGAGCAGCAGGAGCAUGAACGGCUGGCACAAGGCUCCCCCAGCAGUGAGAAGAGUGUGGACUUUGACUCAGGUUAUUCAGAGGCUUCCUGGCAGGAUGAAGGUGUGGUGCUGAGACGAACCAGAAAUGUCCGCGUCUCCUCAUCUGCUUGUGUUCGUACUAACAGAGGCUCCUCCGGUCGCAUCAGGCCCAAAUCAACAUCUGAUGCUUGCCUGGAGUGCUGGACUUCUUUUGAAGCCAGUGAUGCAGAGGACUGGACCACACUGCUCCUGAGCCGCAGCAGGAACAGACAACCCCUGGUUCUGGGGGACAAUAGUUUUGCUGAUCUAAUAAAGAAUUGGAUGGACCUACCAGACUGUCCUGAGCAAGCAGAACUAAAGCCUAGUGCAGGCCGGCGUCUUGCAAAAGACAUCUUGGGUAACAUGCGCCGGAAGCUGGCAGGGAUGUCUAAAAAUGUUGAAAUGAGGCCAAAGUCGGUGGGGUCCACAAGAUCCAGACCUGCAGAAGCUCCUCAGCGGAUGUCCUGUCCAGUGGGACUGGAGUCUCUCAAACCUUUCUUCCACCAGUCUCACACAGGACUGCAUCAGCUGGACACGGACUUCUACCAGUUUACUGCUCUCAUGAAGACAGGCAGCCGACAACCCAUCAUAUGCAAUGACAUCAUUGGAUAUAUCUGAGCAUAACGGCAUUAAAAGACUUAAUAUUUUUUAUACAAAUUUUGAUAUUUUCAAAGCUAAUAUUUCUGGACUGUAAGCUUUGUGUAUUUAAUGUAAAUGCUUUGUUCCUGCCAAAGUUUGUGUGACAGUAAAUGCUACAAAAUGAUUAAAGGAACGAUAAAACAUUAUACCCUUCUGCAAUUGGAUUAAAUGU